CGACGCAUCGCCGCCGCCCUCACUUUCUUUCUGGCCGACCGUCGCGUGGCAGCAUCAUCAAGAAAAGGGCCUUUUUACACUGUCGAACAGUGCUGCCCGCCCGCCGUUGUGCGAUUUGCCAUUUUUUUCGCCUCGAGAUUUCUCCAGCCUCGAUCUGAAAAGCCUCUGCGUGCCAAACGAUUUUCACCGGUAUCAUCUUUAAAACCCACAGGGUCCAUCGCCCACCAUGCCGCCUCCACCCCAUAUCAAGCCGGAAAAUGUCCUGAAACGGGCUCAGGAACUUAUUGCCGUGGGCCAGGCUCCCGCCGCCCUCAAUGUCCUCCACGAACAUGUCACCUCUAAGAGGACGCGCAGCAGUCCGAUCGCCUCUCUCGAACCUGUCAUGCUCCUUUUCGUUGAACUGUGUGUCGAUCUUCGCAAAGGAAAGGCUGCCAAGGAUGGUCUCUACCAGUACAAGAACAUCGCCCAGAACACCAACGUGGGAACCAUCGAGGUCGUCCUCAAAAAAUUCAUCGAACUCGCCGAGAAGAAGGUGACCGAGGCCCAGGCCAAGGCCGACGAGAUCCAGUCCUCUCUGGAGUCCGCUGCCCCAUCGUCCAACACCAUCUUGCUUGCUACUGUUUCUGGCGAACAAUCCCGCGACCGAACCGACCGCGCUGUCGUCACUCCGUGGCUCAAGUUUCUCUGGGAGACCUACCGUACCGUCCUGGAGAUCUUGAAGAACAAUGCUCGCCUUGAGGUCAUGUAUCAGACCACCGCCCUGCAGGCCUUCCAGUUUUGCCUCAAGUACACCCGCAAGACCGAGUUCCGCCGUCUUUGCGAGCUGCUCCGUAACCACGUCCAGAACGCCGCCAAGUACUCCGCUCAGAUGCACGCCAUCAACCUCAGCGAUCCCGACACCCUGCAGCGCCAUCUGGACACCCGCUUCCAGCAGCUGAAUGUUGCUGUUGAGCUGGAGCUGUGGCAGGAGGCUUUCCGCAGCAUUGAAGACAUUCACACUCUUCUCAGCCUUAGCAAGCGCCCCGCCAAGAACGUCAUGAUGGCCAAUUACUACGAAAAGCUUGCACGGAUCUUCCUCGUCAGCGAGAACUAUCUUUUCCAUGCCGCCGCUUGGAGCCGCUACUACAACCUUCUCCGUCAGUCCGCCGCUGCUCUCGCCGCAGGCCAGGGCACCAAGAAGGAGAACCCCUCGGUGACCGAGGCUGACAUGACCAAGGCCGCUUCCUUUGUCCUUCUGUCUGCUCUGUCGAUCCCCGUCAUCAGCACCUCCCGCUCUCGAGGCGCCUUGGUCGAUGUCGAUGAGGCCCGCAAGAACAAGAAUACCCGUCUGACCAACCUGCUCGGUAUGGCUCAGCCACCCAGCCGUGCGGUGCUUUUCCGGGAUGCUCUGAACAAGGGCCUGCUCAAGCGUGCUCGUCCUGAGAUUCGGGAUCUCUACAACAUCCUCGAGCAGAUCGGUGCCGAUCCCGAGAUGGAGAAGUACGUCCUGCCCCUGCAGCAGGUCAUCCUCACCCGUCUCUUCCAGCAGCUGUCCCAGGUUUACGAGUCCGUCGAACUCAAGUUUGUCUACGAGCUUGCACAGUUCCCCGAUCCCUUCCAGAUCACCCCGGCCAUGAUCGAGAAGUUCAUCAUGAACGGAUGCAAGAAGGGCGACCUCGCUAUCCGCGUCGACCAUACCUCGGGUGUUCUGACGUUCGACACCGAUGUCUUCUCUUCCGCCAAGGCUCUGCAUUCCGGCAGCGCCGCCGGUUCUGCUGAGAGCGAGGUCGGUUCGGUGCAGCGCCUUCAGAACACCCCUGCUGAAAUCGCCCGCCUUCAGCUCACCCGUCUCGCCAAGACCCUUCACGUCACAUGCAUGUACGUGGAUCCUUCUUAUAACGAGGCCCGUAUCCAGGCCAAGAAGGCCGCUCAGGCUCGCGCUGAGGCUGGUGCUGCCAAGGAGCACGAGGAGACCCUUGCCCGCCGUGUCCUCAUCGAGAAGAAGAAGGAAGCUGCCACCGAUGCUCUGCAGCGCAAGCAAAGAGAGGAGGAGACCCGCAAGCGUAUUCGUACUCAGCAGCUGCAAGAGGCUGAGAAGCAGAGACUGCUUGACGAGCAGCGGGAACGCGAAAAGAAGCGUCUGAAGGAUGAACAGGACCGUAUCCGCCAGCAGGAGCUCAAGAAGCAGCUGGAGGAGCUCAAGAGCGGUGUCAAGGGCAUCGAUAUCAGCGAGAUCGACCUUGAGGACAUGGAUGCCAACCGGCUGCGCGCCAUCAAGCUUGCCCAGCUCGAGAAGGAGAAGAACGAGCUCAAUGAGCGCAUCCGCACCACUGCCAAGCGUAUCGAUCACCUGGAGCGUGCCUUCCGUCGCGAGGAGUUGAAGCACAUUCCCGAGGACUAUGAAGCCCAGAAGAAGCGUGACAUGGAGCUUUACGAGGCCAUCAAGGCCGAGACUCUCAAGGAAGCUGAGGAGAAGCACAAGGAGGCGGUUGCCCUCAAGCACCGUCUCAGCCGCCUUGUUCCCGUCUUCAGCAACUUCCGCAAGGAGGUGUCUGAGAAGCGUCACGAGGAGUUUGAGAAGCGCCGCAAGGCCGCCGAGCGAGAGUUCGAGGCUAAGAAGAAGCAGCGUGUCAAGGAAGUUCAGGAACGCCGCCGUCGCGAACGGGCCGAGCGUGAGGCGGAAGAGCGCCGCAGAAAGGAGGAGGAAGAGCGGGCCAAACGCGAAGAGGAAGAGCGUAUCGCCAAGGAAGAGGAGCGCAGACGCGUCUUGGCUGAAGAAAAAGCCAAGCGUGAGGAAGAGAGAAAGAGACUCGACGAGAUUGCUCUACGGCAGAAGCAGCGUGAGGAGGAAGCUGAGGCUCGCCGUGCCGCCAGAAAGUCUGGCCUCGCAGAACCUCCCACCCGUGCUGCUGAGCCCGAGCGACCCGCGGAGCGGACAGCUGAGCGGACAGCUCCUCGCCUUAACCUCGCAUCUCGUACUGGCGGUGUUCCCAGCUGGAGAGAGCGCCAAGCUGCCAAGGAGGCUACCGGCGCUGCCCCUGCCCCUGCCGCUGCCCCUGCCGCCGCACCCGCUCCUGCCGCCGCACCCGCUCCUGCCGCCGCACCCGCUCCUGCCGCCGCGCCUGCUCCUACCGCCGAGGCACCUAAGGAAGAGGUCCAGCUCCCCCGCAGAACCGGCGGAUAUGUCCCCCCUCACCUCCGCUCUGGAGCCAGCGCCGCUCCCGCUGCUCCUCCCUCGAACGGUCCUGCCCCGAGAAAUACGUUCCCCGUCACAUGCGGGAAUCCAGCUCCUCCCAACCCCCUCCCAUACACAGACUCCCCCGCCGCCGCCGCCGCCAGCUCCGACAAGCCUGAGGGUUCCCCGCUCCUCAGAACUUGUGUUCGUAGUCAGGCUCUUAUCGUUAUGUUCGUGGUGGUUCAGGUUUCUGCAGAGGAAAUCAUUAUGGGAUAG